UGGGAGAAGCUAAAACAAGUUUCACGCUCUUAUUUAUAUGCCUGGCCUUUUCUGGCAAGAAAAUAAAAUUAACACGACCAGUGGUCGAGCGAGCACGCUUCCAAAGAGAAAGAGAGAGACAGAGAAAGAAAGAGAGAGAGAGAGAGAGAGAGAGAGAAAGAGAGGGAGAGAGAGAAGAUCGAAAACAGAGAAUGAAGAGCUAAAGAAGAGUUAAUGAACCACGCGAUUCUAUUAUCAGUGGUCCCAGUGAGAUCACGACUCAGUAUCGACAACGGUGCUGAGAUAAUAUCGCUUUACGAUCUACCUCUCCAUCUGGUAAGCACUUAGUCGAUGUUAGAUACGAACCAGAUACGAUCGAAUAAUCGGGACGAGCUACGAGCUCGGAUAGGAAAUCUCGGGAACUUAGAAAAGCCGCCGUGUGAUGAAUCUCACAAGAUCGAAAUCAUCGUGAUGUAUCAUACGGAUACGAUCAGAGGAUAUCGUUUUUGAGAAAACGGAGUACACAAAUUGAGUAACAUAAUCUGUUACAUGUCAAUAUUUCACUAACCUAUCCAUCUAUCAGACAACUGAUGAGUUAUUUAAACUGAGGUUAAUCUUUAAUAGAAUUUUCUAGAUAACUUGGCUUGUAACAACUCAACUCAACUCACUGUAUACUUUGAUAGAAAUAUAUAUGUAUCCUGAGAUAACAACAAACUUGUAAUACAUUGAUCGUUUCCAAUAAACCUGACAACGUAUAACAUAUGUUCUUACGUUCAUAAAUUUUAUUAUUAAACCACAAUGUUCCGUACGUUUGGGAACAAACUAAAAUAAAACUGAUAAAGAUAAAAUUGUCGAAUGAAAUUAUAAUAUUACAAAAAUACAUGACGAUAUACGUGUCGCACGUUAAUAUCGAUUCGAUGAAAAUUGAUUUGAAUUUUAUUUUCAUUAAUGAUAAUAUUAGAGAUAUAUCGUGCAUAUUUAGAUAUUUAAUUAAUUAAGAUCGAUGGAUUGUAAAAUGGCGAAGAAAUUUUUAAUACAAAUAGCAAAUGAAAAAUAAUUUUAGCAUGAUAGUUAGUUUCGAUGAAAGGAAAGGAAGAAUAGACAAAGAAAUAGAGUAUGGUAAAGAUUGAGAGGAGUAGUAGGAGAAGUUAGACAUGGUGGGGUAAAGGAAAGUAAAGGAAGGCAAGGGAAGGCAAGGGAAGGCAAGGGAAGGCAAGGGAAGGUAAGGUAAAGGCAAGGUAAAGGCAAGGCAAUGCAGAGGCGAGUUACGGGGACGAGCAUGGCGCAAAGGCGCAUUGGCAAAGCAUGCUAAGGCAACGGGUCCAAAGUCGUCGAGUCGUGGCAAGGCUCUGCUGGCGCGUUAACCUCCCGCGUGGACGCAGUACGCUCUCGACUCUCGCGCAGGCUAGAUUGCACCAAUCCCGCUGCUCGAUUCGCCGACCACGUGCGACUCGUGCGUCUCUUUAUUCACGAACUUAAAGAAUUUUCAUUCGACAUUUAGUACUUCUCUUUUUUUCUUUUCUUUUCGCUUUUUCUUUCUUUUUUUUUUUUGUAGAAUUUUAAAGAAAUUUUUUUCCAAUGUCUAUGAAGUGAGUAAUUAAAAAAAAAAAAAAAAAGAAGAAAUUAAAAAAAACGAAAGCAGUGAUCAGUGACGUAAACAUUUGACAGUUUUCUAUUUCCCGUCUGUUUUUAUUUUCGUGAUCAAAAAAAAAAAAAAAAAAAAAAGAAGAAGAAAAAGAAAUAAAAAACUGUGAGCUUUUUCCUUUAUCUUGAAUAUCACCAAAGUUAAAUCCAACAAAUUCUCUAUAAGCAUCAUGUAAUAUACAAGCUAAAUCGAAAUCGGUUUCUACGGUUGAAACAUCGAGGAAGUUUGGGGAACAUCCCGUUACCACGAAAGUAAUCUAGAAAGUUCCUAUUCCCACGGAUCGAAAGAGAGAGAGAGAGAGAGAGAGAAAGAGAGGAGGAGAAAGAAAGAGAGAGAGAGAGAGAGAGAGAGAAACAAGCGAGGAAAUCGAAAAUCGAUCUGCGGCUUGUAUAAUGUUCUCGUGGGCGAGAACGAUCGGGAGACUCGAAGAAGAAGAAGAAGAAGAAGAAGAAGGAGAAGGAGAAGAAGAAGAAGAAACUUAGGUGGAGUCGUUCCGGUUUCAGGUGGCGACCAACGAUGAAAUCGAAGGUACAUCGAAUGGAUUCGAAAUGGUCACGCCAGCUUGCGUCUGGGAGCGUGAUCCUAAGGAACCAGAACGGAAAGAGAUGAAAGACCAUUGUCCUUUCUCAAGGGAUCGGACAUUCGCACGACACCUGAAGCAUAAAAAACAUUUAAAAAACUUGUGAGUUCGAGAAGAGAAAGAGAGAGAGAGAGAGAGGUAGGGAGAAAAAGAGAGAGAGAGAGAGAGAGAGAGAGAGGAAAUAGAGAGAAACAAUACUUUUUCAAGUAUUACAUUUAAUUGAGAUUUAUUAGAUUAUCAAAAAUUUAAUUUAAAAAUCUGUGAAGAAGUCUAAUGAAAGGUACACCUCAAAGAUGACCAUAAAUGGUCACCGUUAGUUACAAAGGCGAAAGAGAGAGAGUCGCGUGGGAGGUUGAGUCUUAAACGAGAUCCUUUUUACGAGCGGCCAAGAAGACAGAUUCUUCGUGCUUGUUCUCAUACACGAAAGAAAAAGAAAGAAAGAGAGAGAGAGAGAGAGAGAGAGAGACGAAAGUACGAGCGACUCGUUUAGGCGAGUAAGAUCAGCCGUCUUUUCUCGUUACCACUCUAACCAGGUGUCCUGCGACCCUCCGUGCACGAAAAAGGAUCAAUGUAUUCCAAGAAGAAACCGAGGUCGCAAGUCUAAAAAAGCUGUGAGCCUAGUGCGGAUCGAGGGGUGUUUAGGAGGUGACGUUCAUUCGCAUCGUCACCUUCGUUAACUUUGAAAUAUUCCAAAGAAGUGCAAGCUACGUGACGGAGUCUUGUUCCAAGUUCUUGGAGUCUUUGUUCAGGUUCUUCGAGACCUAAUAGAAAGUGAAUUGGAAGUGUAUAAGUACUUUAUUUCUAAAUCGAGUCACGUGCAUCGACCUUGUGAUUAAACUCUAAGCUGUCAAACGUGAUCGAUCGUUUAGUAAAUUGAUCAUUGAUCCGAGCAUACCAAUAACAAAGCUUAGUCUUGAUCUAUGAUCGAGAGACUUUUAAUAAACAUUUUAAUUCUUUAUCAUAUCGGUUUUGCCAAAUGUGGAAGAGAUCGAUAGAUGAAACGAAAAUAUUCGAAAUAUUGACGAUCGACUAUCGGACGGACGAGUCUAGGAAGAUAAGAAAAGAGGGGGAAAAUAAGAAGAUGCUGGUUGCCUGUACGAAGAGAGCGUGCAGAGCUGGCCUGGUCGCAGUGUUGGUCACCGCACUAUGCGUCCUCACUCUUCUCGAUUCGCCGCCGCGACUCCCGGAUCCUCCGGCCGAUCCUCCUCCCACGCCUGAAGGCGAACCACCAGGUACAAGAAGCAUCGUAGCAUAUUCGUGGGCGCGAAGAUUGGCACUCGAUUACAGGCCUGCGAAGGAGUGCGAUGGUGCUAAUGGAACGAACGGAAUGACAUCAGAAAUGGCGUUGGAAACGACGUCGGACGCGUUCGAGUUAACCGCUAUAAGGUGGCUCGAGACGAUCCCUCGACGGCUCUUUCUCUAUAGCGGCCACUUGGAUCUUCGAGUGGCCGGUUAUCCAAGUCUCCGAGUGAUUGCCGUCAAGCAUGGACCUCUACCGACCUCUUCGCUCUUCUGCACCGUUUGGUACGAGGAGGAACAAGGAAGGAUACGAAGUUACAGCAUGGAGGCUCUAGUUUCGCCUAUAUGGUUGGAAGAGUGGGGAGGAGAGACAGACAGUUACACGGGAAUUCUAGUAUCCUGUCAGUUACCGUCGUUAGAAGGAUACACGGCGUAUCCUUCGCGAGUAUACGUCGGUGCUACGUCCUGCUACGAAAAUCCUAGUCAUAGUUUAGCCAUAUUUAGAGACAACGAGACGCAUAAUGAUUAUAGCUCGAAUAAUUCCAAAAGAUUCACACUUUGUAUCAAGGGACUUGAUUUCGACGAAGAUAUAUCAGAGAAAUUAGUGGCGUUCGUCGAAUUACAUAGGAUAUUAGGUGCCGGACUCUUUUAUUUCUACGUUUUCGAUGUUCACGAAAACGUCCUGAAGGUAUUGAGAUUAUACGAGAGAUCGAAUGUAGUUCGAUGGUUCGAUUUAACACUGCCGGGUGAUUUACCGAAGGAUAAAAAUGAUAGAAGAGAAUUUUUCAACAAUGAUAUCUGGACAAAGAGAAGAAUGGAACUGAUACCUUACAAUCACUGUUUCUACGAAAAUCUACGUCGAUCGGAAUUUGUAGUACCGAUUGACGUAGAUGAGGCAAUCGUACCGGUAAAGAGAAAAAGCUGGCACGGUCUGAUCUUCGACGAGCGUAGGAAACUCGGUGAAACUUUCGAAGAGUUUGCCUCUUAUUCCGUACGGAACGCUUACUUUUUCCGAGAGUUGCAGAACAAGAGCAAAUCCGAUAGUUUCAUCGAGAAUCCAGAUUAUCUGGACACUGUUAGGACCUCUAACAUAUCUCCUGAAGGUGACUCGGUCAAGAGUUUCAUUUCAACUAGGCGAGCUUUAACCGUGCACAAUCAUUAUGCUUUAACAACGUUGAAUCCAACAACGAGAAGAGCUCAUCAUCUGAAUCCUAAUGAUGCCUUGAAGCAUCAUCAUCGAGCCUGUGACAGCAGAUAUCUCGAUUGCGAUCUUCUUAUGGAAGACGUUCGCAUUGACGUCUCUGCUCUGCGUUAUGCGAAUGAGCUCAAGGCUAGAAUGAAAGUCACUUUGAACGACUUGAAUAGCAUCGAUAAUAAAUAAAUUCGUCGCGGUGAUAAACUCAACGAUGAUGAUUCCUUUCUUAUGAAUCUGUGAUACUUCAUUGCUUAUCCCUUUGAAACAUAAGCAUAGAGAAGAGAGAGAGAGAGAGAGAGAGAGAGAGAGAGAUGAAAAGAUAUAUAUA